CCCAGAGCCCGCCGGCUCACCUCCCGUCUGGAGCCAGGUGUAGUGGAGGAGUCGCACACCCACACAAAACCCCCCCAAGGAAAAAGUACAGCUCCAAAUCGUGACAGAUGCCAUGAAGAAGACAAUAACCGAAGCCCUGUUUUAGAUAGGGUGGGCAGGGAAGACGUCCUGAAAGAAAAGACUUAAGCUGCAACUUGGGAAGUCACAGCCAGGGCCUGGGAGAUAGAUUCCAGGUUGGGGGGGGGCGGGGCUGAGGGGACGAGCAGCCCCCUGGGCACCUGAGUUGGCUCAGAACUUGGCACAAGGCGGGUGGGACGUUCAGGAAAGGGGUUUGACGUGGAUGCUUGUGUGCUGGUCCUCCGGAGCUCACCAUCUAGUCCUUAGGCAGAGAUCGAACCAGAGACAGAGUUGCAAGUGGGAUGAGCUCUGCCAGAAGUGUGACUGUUAUAUUGGUAUGUUAACUACUGGGGAUGUGAAGGAAGUGGUGCUUAGACUGCCCCUCUGUCUGAAAUAGGAGUCAGCUCAGCAGAGUGAGGAGCGCGUUUUAUUUUUUUUUUAUAUAUAUUUUAAAGGUUUGUUUAUUUUUGCAUACAAGAGCUGGGGUACAGGCCAGAGUUGCUGGGGAGUGAGAGGAUUCAGCAGAGACAGAGUGGGGAACAGAACAGGAAGACAGACUGAAAUCCACUGCUGAGGGGAGCAGCAGGCGAGACAGGAGAGGUCUGCCUCGCCAUGUGGGUAGCUCCCUGACUGACAGGGAAUCCAACUGUUGCUGCAGAGGCUGCAGAUUGCUUCAUAGUGCAGUGCUUAACCCCUUGCACCACCAGGGAGGCCCCGAGGAGUGCAUUUUAGAGGUUAACAGCAAGUGCCAAGCAGCUGAGGCUAUGAGCUAGGCUACCUGUUGGAAAUAAUCAGUGCCACCCAAAGGGGUAAUGGCCCAGGUCAGCCGUCUAGACCACUCUGGGCUGGAGAGGCAGUGCUGUGAUUUUUGAGCCCCUCAUUAAAUGUGAGGGAUUUUGAUCACGAUCAUCAUUAUGAGCAACAGGAAGAUCCAUGUUUUGAGCCAUCAGGGAAAGGACAUGAUCACCAAAGAAUUUUGAAAUGAUCACUGGCUGUUGAAUGGAUUGGAGGUGGACAGGAGUGGAUUCAGGGAGAUCAGGCAGCGAUGUGACAAUGGAUCAUCAUGUUUCCACCAUCAAACCUCGAAGAAUCCAGAACCAAAAUGUCAUUCACCGCCUGGAACGCCGGAGGAUCAGUUCGGGCAAGGCGGGCACCCACUGGCAUCAGGUCCGCGUGUUCCACCAGAACGUCUUCCCCAACUUCACCGUGGUCAACGUGGAAAAGCCGCCUUGUUUCCUGCGCAAGUUCUCACCCGACGGGCGCUACUUUAUUGCUUUCUCUUCAGACCAGACAUCUCUGGAGAUCUACGAGUACCAGGGCUGCCAGGCGGCCGAGGACCUGCUGCAGGGCUGUGACGGGGAGAUCCUGGCCAAUGGCAGCGACCAGCGCUCGGUGGGCAUCCGCGGCCGGCUCUUUGAGCGCUUCUUCGUGCUGUUGCACAUCACCAGCGUGGCGGCGCACGGCGAGCACCUGAACCGGGAAUGUAGCCUUUUCACUGACGACUGCCGCUGCGUCAUCGUGGGCUCCGCCGCCUACCUGCCCGACGAGCCGCACCCGCCCUUCUACGAGGUGUAUCGCAACAGCGAGUCGGUGACCCCCAACCCGCGCUCCCCGCUGGAGGACUACUCCCUGCACAUCAUUGACCUCCACACCGGCCGCCUGUGCGACACGCGCACCUUCAAGUGCGACAAGGUGGUGCUGUCGCACAACCAGGGGCUGUACCUGUACAAGAACAUCCUGGCCAUCCUGUCGGUGCAGCAGCAGACCAUCCACGUCUUCCAGGUGACUCCCGAGGGCACGUUCAUCGACGUGAGGACCAUCGGCCGCUUCUGCUACGAGGACGACCUGCUCACCGUGUCGGCCGUCUUCCCCGAGGUGCAGCGUGACAGUCAGACGGGCAUGGCCAACCCUUUCAGGGACCCCUUCAUCAACUCCCUCAAACACCGGCUGCUCGUGUACCUGUGGCGCCGCGCCGAGCAGGACGGCAGCGCCAUGGCCAAGCGGCGCUUCUUUCAGUAUUUUGACCAGCUGCGGCAGCUGCGCAUGUGGAAGAUGCAGCUGCUGGACGAAAACCACCUGUUCAUCAAGUACACGAGCGAGGACGUGGUCACCCUGCGCGUCACCGACCCUUCCCAGGCCUCUUUCUUUGUGGUGUACAACAUGGUGACAACAGAGGUGAUCGCUGUGUUUGAAAACACUUCAGACGAGCUUUUAGAGCUCUUUGAGAACUUCUGUGACCUCUUCCGGAAUGCUACCCUGCACAGUGAAGUUCAGUUUCCCUGCUCGGCUUCAAGCAACAAUUUUGCAAGGCAGAUCCAGCGCCGGUUUAAAGACACUAUUGUGAAUGCCAAGUACGGAGGGCACACGGAGGCCGUGCGCCGCCUGCUGGGCCAGCUGCCCAUCAGCGCCCAGUCCUACAGCGGCAGCCCCUACCUCGACCUGUCUCUCUUCAGCUACGAUGACAAGUGGGUGUCGGUCAUGGAGCGGCCCAAGACGUGCGGAGAUCACCCCAUCAGGUUCUAUGCCCGGGACUCAGGUCUGCUCAAGUUUGAGAUCCAGGCGGGCUUGCUGGGCCGCCCCAUCAACCACACCGUGCGCCGCCUCGUUGCCUUCACCUUCCACCCCUUCGAGCCUUUCGCCAUAUCCGUGCAGAGGACUAACGCCGAGUACGUCGUCAACUUCCACAUGCGGCACUGCUGCACGUAGGUGCCUCCCAAGCCAGCUCCUGGGCUUCCACGACGUUGCUCUGAAGCGGAAGCUCCUGACUGCCCGCUCUGUUGGGGUGUGGACCGUGAGCCCCGACCGGUGGGGGCAGCCCAGGGAGCGUGGGGGCUUGGCCUGACGGAGCAUGUGCUUGCGGACAGUCCAGCGCCUGGCCGGCCUCAAGGCCGCUCGCCUCUUGCCUGUGGGCGUGCCAGGCAUUAAUGGGGUCCACUUAGUUUCUGUUUUAUUUUCCCUUUUAUUGCUACGAAGAUGAAAGCAUUACACUUCUGUCCUUCGUGUCCCUUCUCUGGCAUUAAGGUGUGCAGCCUGCGGCAGGUAACCUGUUUCUUCGUGAGAGCUGUGCACAUCCUUGUCACUUAGCCGACAAGCAGGGCUGUCUUUGUAAGAAAGAAGUAAAGCCUUGGUAUUUUCUUACUCGUGUGCGUCCUGGUCGAUGA